UCAUGGUACAAUUGGAGAACCGGGUGACCGAGGUCCCAAUGGGAAUAGCCUGAAUGGCCCUCAAGGUCUCCCUGGGUUACCAGGACCCCGUGGCACAAAGGGGGACCCAGGAGGCAUGUUUUCAUCCCAGCCAGGUGCUACUGGGGCACCUGGACCACGAGGGGCUGUUGGGUCACCUGGAAUUCCUGGAACCCCUGGACAUCCAGGAUCACCAGGAUUACAAGGCCAACUAGGAUCCCAAGGCCACAAAGGAGAUCCUGGGGAUAAUGGUGACAUUGGAGCUACUGGUCCCCCAGGUCCACCCUGUACUGUUUGUGAUUUGCUUGGACCACCAGGACCUCAUGGACCUUCAGGGCACCCUGGUCAACAAGGAGUGCCAGGCUACACUGGUGAGAAAGGUGUUAGGGGAGACAUUGGUCUACCUGGUCAUGGUCAGAAGGGUUUAAAAGGUAAUCCUGGUAUGCCUGGUGGCCUGGGUCUUCCUGGGCCAAGAGGCCUUGUUGGUCUUCCAGGAGACAAUGGUACUGAUGGUUUAAAGGGACAGAAAGGUGAAAAGGGCCACCCUGGGAAGUCUGGGUCUAGAGGUGGGCUUGGAAAUCCUGGGCCUCCAGGACCAAGAGGUGAAAAGGGGGAAAGAGGUUCCACUGGUCAAUUUGGAAUUGCAGGAGAUCCAGGACUGCCUGGUAAAAAAGGUUCAACUGGCCCCAUGGGAUUACCGGGAGUAUGUCACAAAGUCAAUGUGACAAAAGGCCAGUCUGGAUUUAGGGGAAAUAAGGGGCUUCCAGGUCACCCAGGAGUUGCAGGACCCAAAGGCAAAAAUGGCACGCAGGGUGAUAUGGGGCCUGAUGGGAGGCCAGGAUUGAAAGGAUUAAAAGGGUUUGCUGGGGUUCCAGGUAGAGACGGCUUAUCAGGUCCCUCUGGACGUCGUGGGAUUAAAGGUUUCCCAGGUCCAAGGGGAUAUUCGGGGAACACUGGAGAUCAGGGAGAUACAGGGACACCAGGACAAAUCGGUAUCCCUGGCCUCCCAGGAUUUCCAGGUGCAAAAGGUGACAAAGGACAGUCCUAUGGGAUACCUGGUCCACAGGGGCUCAAAGGAUUACCAGGGGAGGUUGGGCCCAGUGCACCUAGAGGAAGUGCAGGUGAUCCAGGUGACCCAGGACCCAGGGGAAGGUCAGGACAACCUGGAAAUCCAGGGAUUACUGGGGAAACUGGAAGACAAGGAGGACCAGGCUCUCCUGGGUCCCAAGGUCCCUUUGGGCGUCCAGGCAUUUGGGGUCCUCCAGGUGAUGAAGGAGGUGUGGGACCACCAGGCCUACCCGGCCCACAUGGUUCUGCAGGGUCUCCUGGGACAACAGGUUUGGAUGGAUUGGAUGGGUUAAAAGGUUCAAAAGGGCUGAAGGGAGCAAGCGGCAUAGACACUCCUGGCCCGCCUGGAAAAAUUGGUUUACCUGGAGCUAAAGGUGCCCAGGGCAUCUCAGGGUGUGCAGGAAAAACGAUUGCAGGGCUUAAAGGCCAAAGAGGGCCUCCUGGGAACACAGGCCCUGCAGGGAUACCAGGAACACCUGGCAGCCCUGGCAAAACUUGCCAAACCCCCUUGCAUGGGCCUCAUGGAGAUAAAGGCUAUGAAGGACCUACAGGACCUACAGGACCCCCAGGUCCUCCUGGACGACCUGGACCACAGGACUGCAGUGUUUCAUAUAAAGGAGACCCAGGACCAGUUGGCCAUCCUGGGGUACAAGGUUAUAGGGGACACAAGGGCCUCCCAGGCUCUCCUGGGCCAUUUGGCCACCUGGGCAUUCGAGGACCAAAGGGUGAGAAAGGUCAUGAAGGUGCAAGGGGCCCUCAGGGACCCAAAGGUCAGGGAGGAAUCCAUGGGCCCCGGGGUUGCAAGGGUGAGCCUGGCCCUGUUGGAGAUCCAGGUGUCAAAGGUGAACCUGGUGAUUUAAUCACUUUAGGCUUCGCUCCACCAGGAGCAACAGGACCAAAAGGGCUUCAGGGAAGUGUAGGAACACAAGGGGAUGUGGGUCCACCUGGUCCUUUUGGACAAACAGGACCAAAGGGUCCUAAAGGGUCUCUGGGCUUUCCUGGCAAACCAGGUCCUCCUGGGUUAGAUGGUCCCCGUGGAGACCCAGGUGAUGUUGGUGAGCCAGGAUUCACUGGGCCUCAAGGUGCCCCUGGUCCUCCUGGUGAUGCAGGUGAGCCAGGCCAUAGAGGGCCACUGAGAUCCGGCUUCCUUUUGGUCAUCCACAGCCAGUCAGUUCAGGUACCACAGUGUCCUGCAGGUAGCAACCUGCUUUGGGUGGGAUAUAGCCUCAUCUACCUGGAAGGACAAGAGAAGGCUCACACACAAGAUCUGGGCCAACCUGGCUCUUGUCUACCUGUUUUCUCCACUAUGCCAUUCUCCUACUGUGACAAAGAUGCCUGCUACUACUCAAGUCGCAAUGACAAGUCCUACUGGCUCUCUACCACUGCUCCCAUUCCCAUGAUGCCACUCUUUGGCCAGGAGAUCAGCCUCCACAUUAGCCGUUGUGUUGUGUGUGAGACACAUUCACCUGCAACGCCUUUUCACAGUCAAACUCAUGCUGUCCCUCCCUGCCCAUCUGGUUGGAGGAGUUUAUGGACAGGAUACUCUUUCCUUCUGCACACAGGGGCAGGUGACGAGGGUGGCGGACAAUCACUGGCUUCUUCUGGUAGCUGCCUUAAGGAUUUUCGAACUCAUCCCUUGAUUGAGUGUCAAGGCGCGCAGGGUUCCUGUCACUACUUUUCCAACCUCUACAGUUUUUGGCUGACUACUGUAAAAGAGACGGAGGAGUUUCUCCCUGUUAGGCCUGGUACCAUCAAAAUAACUGAGCAGCAGCGACUCAAGACCAGCCGGUGUAAUGUUUGCCUUCGGGAUUAAGGAUUUCGCUACACUUUUAAGGUAUAAAUGUGAUCAUUUUAAAUAUAUUUGUGAUAUUGUAGAUCAUUAAAAUGAAAAUCAGCCCAUAGUUGCAUAGGGCCCUAAGCUAAUAUUUCCUUUUAAAGCCCAUCUCUAAUUAAGACCAUCGGCUAACAGCCACAGAGCGCUUCCUGCAUGUCUUUAAAUAUAUCUACAUUUACAGUGUCUUGCAAAAGUAUUCAGUCCUCUUGACAUUUUACAUUCUUUUGCCUCACAACCAGGAAUUACAAAGAAUGUUUUGAAUUUUUAAUUCAGGUACAGAACAUGUAUAAAACUUUUAAUAUGUUAUUUUUUUUAUUGUAAAGCAAGCAACAAAUAGGGCAAACUAACAGAAAACUCUGCAUGCAUAACUGUUCACCCCCUAAAGUUAGUACAUUGUGGAGCCACGUUUUACAUCAAUUCCAGCUGCAAGCCGACGGGGAUAAGUAUAUGUAUGUUUUUUUGCUAUUUCAGUAGGCAUUCACACAACGGAGCGUUGCGUGGUGCAGGUUGAAGGGCCCAGACCGUGACAGAGACUGUGAUGCUAAUAAUAGCUAGCGCUAGCUUAUAGGUCUGUUGCCCAGGCAGUUUACAACUUCACUGAUACACAUAAGCUUUAUGUUUCUCUAAACAUCCUUGUCAUCGUGUUAGCUUAGCACAUAGCACCAUCACGCUCUAAUUUCAGCGUAAUUUUGACAACUUUUAGCCGUAUGCUUAAAUGUGCUGGCAAGAAUUUUCCCGGUUGGAGUUGCUAGCUUGUUAUGGUAAUUUACCCCAUUCAACCUCUCAGGUAUGUUCCAUGUUAUUCAGCCAGUAGUGGAUGCAGUUUUAUAAUUGAAUAAAUUGCCCUACCAGAUUAAAUGUCAGUUCUUUGUGUUGGAUUGUGUCAAAUAAAUUUCGAAAUAAAUGACACUUAUAGUCCUGUCUGACUUAUAUAUGUUUUCUUUUCCUGUUUGUCAUGCAUUUUUUGACUGAUGCUACUUGUAUUCUGGAGCGACUUAUAGUCCGAAUAAUAAGGUAUUAAAACGUUGAGGGAGACUGACACAAUUUUUGUUAAAGAAUAUCCCUGUAUUAUUUAUUUUUGGCAGGAUUGUUGUGAUAUCAUGUGCUUUUCAUUUCAAGAUAAUGGAUUCUGGCUCUGAGGAAGAUUUCAGUAUUUUUAUAAUGCCACCCUGACUUGUACUUCUUAAAUCUUUGUCCCUGACUUGUUUGGAGAGCUCCUUGGUCUACAUGGUGUAAUACCUCUUGCUUAGUGGUGCUGGACCCUCUGGGACCUUUCAGAAAAGGUGUGUUUAAACUAACUGAGCAUGUAACUAUUUUGCCCACAACUGGACUUUAUUUCACUAAUCUUGUGAUAUUUGAAGGUAAUUGGUGACACCAGAACUUUUAGGGGCUUCAUUGAAAAGCAUGUGGAUACAUAAGCACAUGCCAAUAUUCAGAUUUUAUUUUUUCAUUCUUUUUCUUAUACAUAUUUUUGUGUUUUGUGCAGGUCCAUCACAUAAAAUAAGAUUUAAAAAAAAUUAAAUUACAGGUUAGAAUGUUACAAAAUGGAUAAAAAGCCAA